CCAGUAACCCUAGUCUCCUCUCCCUCGUACCCUAACUCCAUCGCGUGGUCGAAGGAGAACUUGGUGGCCGUUGCCUCUGGUCACCUCAUCACUAUCCUGAAUCCGGCUUUGCCUGUGCGGCCUCGGGGAUUGAUAAGGCUCCCCCCGAGUAUUCCUUUUCGGAUUGGGGUUGUCGAUGAAAAAGAGCGUCUUACUCCCUGCAUAAUGCCGCUUAGUUUAGCCCGUGAUGUUAGUCCAUGUGCACGGUCGAUAUCGUGGUCUCCUCUGGGAUUUGCUCCGAACUCGGGGUGUUUGCUGGCUGUUUGCACAACGGAUGGGCGGGUGAAGGUUUAUCGAUCACCAUUUUGUGAAUUUCGUCCUGAAUGGGUUGAGGUUCUAGACGUUUCUGAGAUGCUUUAUUGCCAUCUUAAGAGGAUAAGUUUUCAGAAUGGUUUUUCCGCUACAUUUGCUCAAGAACAAGUUAGUGCAGGCUGCAUCAGUGAGAGGGGACCUAUUAAUUCUAUUUCUGCCGAGGUUGCUGAGCAUCGAAAAACACGGGGAAACAAAAGAAUUCAAGUAAAUGAUGCCGGGUGUCUAGAAGAACUGCCAAAUGGUGGAAAUGUCAAUUACCUUGACCAAAACACAGAUGAUGAGCUUUAUGUUCCACCAAAGAAAACGCGAAAAGUGACUACGAGUAGAAGAGCUGCUAUUAAUCCAUGUUCCAGUGCUAAGCAAGUUUCUUCUGCUAAGAAAUUUGCAAGGCAACAAUCAGUUAGAGCAGAAAAUGAUACUCCCGAAUUGAUAACGGCAAAGCAAUAUACUUUUCGCAGUAUGUUGUUGUCAUCACUCACUGUUGCCUGGUCGCCUGCAAUAAAGUUACCAGUAGGUGAUCAUUUAAAUGUUAACAGUUUCUCUAUACUUGCUGUUGGCGGAAAGGCUGGUAAUAUUUCUUUUUGGAGAAUAGACAAACCUCAGUGCUACACCAUUGAGCAUGGCAGGGUUCCUGUUGAACCAGUGUUCAUUGGACUUCUCCAGGCUCAUAAUUCUUGGAUCACUGCAAUGAGCUGGGGAAUGCAUUCUAUCAAUUCAUCAGGAAACCAGUUAGUCUUGGCUACUGGGAGUUGUGAUGGUAGUGUGAAGAUAUGGUUGGGACAUGUUGAAAGAUUGAUGAAUUCUUCAGAAGAUGAUAAUCCUCCAUUGUCCUUGCUUCGGCAUGUGACGGAGGUGACAUCAAUUCCUGUGUCAACAAUUUCAUUGGUCGUGCCAUUACCAUCCCCUGAUAAGUUUUUUCUUGCAAUUGGGAGAGGAUCUGGGUCGUUGGAAGCAUGCAUCUAUCAGAUAUCUAGCAACAAAGUAGAUAGUAUGUGUCUGUAUAAUGCACAUAACCAAGCGGUGACAGGUCUAGCUUGGGCUUUUGGUGCUCGUUGUUUAUACAGCUGCAGCCAGGAUAAUUCUGUGCGCAGCUGGGCGUUGCGUGAGAGCUCUCUUUGCGAAAUUCCUUUUCCUUUGAGCUCUCCUGGGUUAAAUAAUCCAAUCAAUCUUUCACAAGUAUCAGACCUAUGCUUUGGCCUGGCGCUAUCCCCUGGAGAACUUGUGGUUGCAGUGGUCCGCAGUUUUGAUUCUGCACUACUGAAUCAAAUGUAUCAGGCCAGGACUCAAAAAGCAGCAGUUGAAUUUUGCUGGAUUGGUGGACAUUCAUUUGAACCUUCACGAGAUCAGCAUUUGGAAGGUGAUAAAGGGACAUCUUCUGGUUUAUCUGAGAGGGACUUGGUAUGCUGGGAAUCCAAUAUUCUAUACUCUCUGAAGCAUUAUGACAAUUUAGACGAGCCACUUGUCCUAUGGGAUAUCUUAAUGGCAUUGCUUCCCCUUCAGAAAUAUGAACCUAAUUUUGUCCAAAGUAUACUUUUUAAAUGGAUGUCAAGUUUGUUUCCGGAUUACCAAUCGAUUCAUUCGGUUGAAAAGAUUUUACUUCACGUACAAAGUAUGCUACCAAAGAUGAGCACUCGCAGGAUGCAGCUUUUUAAUAUCCUCUGCAGAAGAUUGAUGCGAAGUGAGAGUAAGCUUGACAUUCAUGAGGAGAUGCGUGAUUUGAACAAUUUAGGAGGUGAAGGACUUGAUUUAUGGAACAAAUUACUUGAAAAUAGUGAAAAAGAACUUCAAGAGCGAUUUGUGGCUUUUAGUUUCAAAGCUGUUAUAAGAUGUGCAUACCGUUCAACUUCAGUUCCUGCAAUUGAUAAAAGUUGGUGCCCAGUUGGAGUGGCACAGAUGGAAAGAUGGGUAGCUAUCAACCUUGCACUUGUUUGUGAUGAGCUGAAACUGCUUGCAUCAGAAGUUGGAGACCUCAGGAGCCGAAUACGUUCAAUUUGUGAAUAUGUAGAAGAAGAAACCUGCAGCUAUUGUUCAGCUUUAGUUCCCUUUGAGUCCACAAGGGUUGCUACGUGCAAAGGUAUUAAGCAUCAAGAUGGUACCAUAGAAUCCCAUGAGCUUAAACGAUGUUCAGUUUCCAUGCAGCUUGGCUCCAUAAACUCACCGAUGUGGUUUUGUAUGUGUUGUGAAAGGCAGGCUAUCAAUCUUCCCCCUUCAUCGUUCUUUACGAUGUCUGAGUCCCCUUUGGACGUAAAUUAUGAGAGUGUAUCAUUUGCUGCACGGGAAUUCUCAGUACCCUUGUGUUUAUUUUGUGGGAUUCUGUUGCAGAGAGAUCUGCCAAAUUUUUUGCUGUCAGCUUCCCCUGUAUAAUAUGACGAUAAUAUUUAUGCAAAAUGAGCAAAUUGGUCCGUAUGGAGUAUUUACAUGUCAA